GACAUUGUCACCGACCGAUGUCGCCCGAAGAUUUUAGUUUUUUUUUUCUUUCGUUAGUGAUGUCGACUCACCUGGAUUUACGGUCAAGUUUUCUUCAAAACUUAUACCCUCCGGAGAGCUUGACGAUUGAAUUUCUUUAUAUUUAUACCGGGAUUAACUUGUUUAAAAGUGUUUCGUCGCCAAUUGGCCUCUCAUUCAGCUAAAGGAGAGCGUUCGCUUCUCACAGAGCAACCUCCAUCCUUGUCUCUUCCAAGUCAAACAAGCCAAUAGUCGCCAGCAUGGCAUUACAUACUCUGCUUCGAGCAAGAGCUCCAGCUCAAGCAGCUCUUGCUCGAAGUGCUCUACAGUCCUCUAGACAAUAUGCUCGUCUCUUAAGCACGACACCUUGUCGCCGUUCUAAUGACUCCGAUCUAAACAAAGUCUCGCGCAACAUCACACAACCUAAAGCUCAGGGUGCUUCACAAGCUAUGCUCUACGCCACAGGUCUCACAGAAGAAGACCUAUCAAAAGCUCAGGUCGGUAUUUCCUCAGUAUGGUACGAGGGAAACCCCUGUAAUAUGCACCUGAUGGACUUGUCGGAUGUGGUCAAGAAAUCUGUUGCGCGGGCUGGUCUUAUUCCUUAUCGAUUUAACACAAUUGGUGUCUCUGAUGGUAUAUCUAUGGGUACAACCGGUAUGCGAUAUUCUCUACAAAGUAGAGAAAUCAUUGCCGACAGUAUCGAGACUGUGAUGCAGGGCCAAUGGUACGACGCGAACAUCUCGCUACCAGGAUGCGACAAGAAUAUGCCCGGUGUCCUGAUAGCUAUGGGCCGAGUGAACCGACCGAGUAUCAUGGUCUAUGGUGGUACUAUCAAGCCGGGCUGUAGCAAGGGUGGCGCGCCGAUCGACAUCGUGAGCGCUUUCCAGGCCUACGGACAGUAUAUCUCAGGAGAGAUUACGGAAGAGCAACGUUUUGACAUUAUCCGACACGCGUGCCCUGGAAAGGGCGCAUGCGGCGGUAUGUACACGGCAAACACAAUGGCUUCGGCCAUUGAAACCCUAGGCAUGACUCUACCUGGCAGCAGUAGCACGCCUGCAGACGACCCUAACAAGAUCAAGGAAUGCGAGGACAUUGGCGAAGCUAUCAAGGUUGCAAUGCGGGAGGAUCUUCGUCCACGAGACAUCAUGACGAGAGAAGCCUUUGAAGAAGCUAUGGUCGUAGUCAACAUCCUUGGAGGUAGCACGAACGCCGUACUCCAUCUUAUUGCUAUUGCCGAUUCUGUGGGCCUCAAACUCACCGUCGACGACUUCCAGGCCGUGUCGGACCGGACGCCGUUCCUUGCCGACUUGAAGCCAUCAGGAAAAUAUGUCUUCGAAGAUCUAUAUAAGAUUGGCGGCACCCCGGCACUCCUCAAGUUCCUAAUUGGUGAAGGCGUCCUAAAGGGCAACGGCAUGACUGUAACGGGCAAGACGGUUAAGAAGAAUGUUGAGUCUUGGCCGUCGUUCCCUAACGAACAGAAGAUCAUCCGACCCUUCUCUAACCCUAUUAAACAAACGGGUCACAUCCAAAUCUUACGCGGUUCACUUUCACCUGGCGGUUCGGUGGGCAAGAUCACGGGCAAGGAGGGGCUCGUUUUUACGGGCAAGGCUAAGUGUUAUGACCAGGAAGACGACUUCGUGGCAGCACUAGAGCGGGGCGACAUCAAGAAGGGCGAGAAGACUGUCGUGAUCAUCCGAUACGAGGGACCGAAGGGCGGACCGGGUAUGCCGGAGAUGCUGAAGCCCUCAUCGGCUAUUAUGGGGUACGGACUCGGCAACGACGUAGCACUACUCACAGAUGGCCGGUUCUCGGGUGGCAGCCACGGGUUCCUGAUUGGACACAUCACGCCCGAGGCGCGUGAGGGCGGGCCCAUUGGGCUUGUACGCGACGGUGACAUCGUCACCAUCGACGCUGAGAAACGCGUCAUCGACUGCGACGUCAGCGAGGCUGAAAUGGCCGAACGGAAAAAGGCUUGGUCGCCCCCGCCACCCCGGUAUGCUCAGGGCACCUUGACCAAAUAUGCGGCCCUCGUCAGCGAUGCCAGCCACGGCUGUGUCACUACGGGACCUAUUCGGCAACAGUAAUGAUAUUUCGAAGUUUAUCUCGGAGGCGAAUGUAUAGCCAUAAAAGGCUGGGAUAAAAGUAAAAAAACGACAUAGGAUAUCUAUGCAGUGGAUGUCUCAUGUACUUAUUGGUCUUGGACCGCACGAUUCCAUGAUGGUGUGAUCGGUAUAUGGCCCUGGGCCUGGUCUACGGGAAAAGGCGUAUUCUUAUUUCCUUCGUGACGGCGGCAACGGAAAAAAAUAUAAAGAAAGUUUCAAAUGGCCCAGAUGAAUAUGCUUGAACAGUGCUUGAGGUGCGAAGUAUAUGACACCCUGACCUUGGGUAGAUUGACGAGGCACUCCUCACUUUGCCUAGUAGUAGCCUGUUUUAGAAGACUUAGUUUGAUGUUUUGAGGACAGAUAGAUAUCUAACCCAGCAUUCAUCGAACUCCAUAUUCGUAAUUUCUUGCCAUUCGUUGCUUCAUUCAUUCAUCCAGCCGUACGACCACCUAUGCAUGUCCUUCCCAUGCCCUCACCUUUCCCUCCCCUAUCCUUUCCUUUCCUUAUCACCAGAGAAGCCCACUCUCCAGUCACCCGCAACCCCCCCAUCCCCCGAAUUUUUUUUUAAUUUCCUUCAACAAAAGAGAAAGAGAAAGAGAAAAA